AACAACUCGAUUUGGAUAUUAAUAAUAUAGUCGGUCAAUGUUUUGACGGGGCAAGUGCAAUGCGUGGCAUAUAUAAAGGUGUAUCAACUCGUUUAUUACAAAUUGUACCUACUGCCUUAUAUGUCCAUUGCAAUGGACACAUUUUAAAUUUAUGUUUAGUUGACUUAUCACAAGCAGUGGUACCUAUUAGAAAUAAUUUUGGUAUUACGAGUCACACUGAAUGGACAUCCGAGAUAAAAAAAAAAGGAAACGAAUCCUGCUAGAACUGAAUUUUUUCGGUCUAAAAAAAUGAACAGCACAUACGCAUGUGAAGGAUUUAAAUGUGUUUAGGGAUCUCGAUGCUGAUUGGAGCCUUUCUGCCGUUUCGCAAUCAUCAUUUGGGGAAAUGCUGGACCUACAUUUUUUUAAACUAUGUUUUCAAACAAGGUAUCUGAGAGAAUUCUGUAGCGUACUAUACACAUGAAUCACAUAUAUAAAAUAUAAAUUAAUCGAUCGAUAGAAAAAAAGUAUAAUGCAUCAAAACGAUUUGAAUGGAAAAGUCUUUAAUGUAGACCUUCAAAGAGGCAGAUCGAGUUAGUCCGAGUUUAAGUCGAUCAUUCUUCAAAAGAAUGAUAUCAGGUUGUAUUAAUUCAAUUUUCAUAUCGACGUUUUUUCCGAAUUUAUCCUUAUUACAUCACUUUACAAUUUUAUUGAAGUAUCAGCAAAAAGACAUAAAGUCUUUGAAGACAUUCAAAAAGAGGCAGGUUUGGUGUCAAUUUCAUUAAAAGCAUUGUGUGAUACUCGUUGGUCGUGCCGCUUUGAAUCCUUAAAAGUGAUAUCAAGGCGUUAUACUGAAAUUGUAGCUACCUUACAAGAAAUUCAAGUUGGUGAUGCAUUUAUACUAUUAAAAGUUAUACAAACAUUUGAUUUUAUUUUUCACAUUCAUUUAAUGAGUGAAGUUUUUCUUAUUACAAACAUAUUAUCUAAGUUUUUACAAAAAUCCGGUGUUUCUUUGACAGAAGCUAUGGCUCAAGUGAAAAUGACUAUUUGUUCACUUGAGUCAAUGAGAAACGACGAUGAAUUUAAUCGAAUUUGGAAUGAAACUAUGAAUAUUUGUGCAGCGAAUGAUAUUGAUGAACCUGCUGAACAACGAAGGAGAAAAAUUCCUGCACGCUUAGGUGGUGGUGAUAUUUUAUCAACAACAUUAUCUGCUAAAGAUAACUAUCGUAUUAAUUCUUUUUAUGCUGUAUUAAAUCUAAUUAUUACAUCAAUUAAAGAAAGAUUUAAUGAAAAUAGUUUAAGUAUUAUGCUAUUAUGUGAAAAACUAUUUUUAACAAAUGUAUUUUUAAAUGAUCUUGAAGCACAACAAAUUGCUCAAUUCUAUAAUAUGAACUACGAUGAAUUAAGAAGUGAACAACGUUUUUACAAGGUAGCACUUGGUCAAAAGAAACAAAUGAACUUAACAUCAGCAACGAAGUUUUUCGUAGAAAAUAAUUUUCAUCAAUCACUUAAUACAAUGAACAAUUUGUUAAAAAUAUUAUGGACAAUUCCAGCUAAUACAUGCGAAUGUGAAAGAAGUUUUUCUUCGUUAAGACGACUUAAAACAUACAUUCGCAAUACAACAGGUCAAGAACGAUUAUCUAGUUUAGCAUUAAUAAAUAUCGAACGUAGUUUUGACAUUGACUUAGAUCUUAUUGUAACUGAAUUUGUAUCAAAAAAUAAGGAGAGAAAAAAAAUAUUUUGA